AUGACAAACGCACCAAAAGCUCCAACUCCAAGAUGUAUUAUUGUGAGACAUGGUCAAACUGAAUGGUCCAAGUCUGGUCAAUACACUGGUUUGACUGAUUUACCAUUAACUCCAUAUGGUGUUGGUCAAAUGCGUAGAACUGGUGAAUCUAUCUUUAAGAAUCAAUUUAUUAACCCAGACCAUAUCACAUAUGUUUUCACAUCCCCAUUACAAAGAGCCAGACAAACUGUUGACUUAGUAUUGGAAGGUUUAACUGAAAAGCAAAAGGCUAAUAUUAAAGUUGUUGUAGAUAAGGAUUUAAGAGAAUGGGAAUAUGGUGAUUAUGAAGGUUUAUUGACCAAAGAUAUCAUUGAAUUGAGAAAAUCAAGAGGCCUAGAUACUGAAAGACCAUGGAAUAUUUGGAGAGAUGGUUGUGAAAAUGGUGAAACUAGUGAAGAAUUUGGUUUGAGAUUAUCUCGUGCCAUUGCUAGAAUCCAAAACUUACAUAGAAAACAUCAAGCUGCCAAUAUUCCUAGUGAUAUUAUGGUUUUUGCUCAUGGCCAUGCCUUACGUUAUUUUGCUGGGUUAUGGUUCAAAUUGGGUGUGGAAAAGAAAUGUGAAACUCCUGAAGAAUUGAAAAGUGUCAAAUCAUAUGAUGCAUCCGAAGAAGAUGUUCCAAGUGUUCCAUUGAAAACUUACAGAUAUUUGAAUGAUAAUCCAAAUUUCUUAUUAGAUGCUGGUGGUAUUGGUGUGUUGUCAUAUGCUCAUCAUAGCAUUGAUGAACCUGCUUUAGCCUUAGCCGGUGCCUUUAUUUGCCCACCUGAAGAAGAAUCUCAACACGCUGGUGUCAAUUGA